CGGUUGCAAGCGAGUCGUGGGAGGGCGUCCGUGCAACAACCGAGCAACCAAGCCCCUGUCUGCAAGUGCCGCUGAUGCUGCCGCUGAUGGGGAUCCGCGUCCCUGUCGAUCAGCUGUCUGGCUCUGAGGACUGUCUGUACCUCAAUGUCUUCACGCCGGCGGGCAGGGAACCAGAGGAGAGGUUUCCAGUAAUGGUUUGGAUCCACGGCGGCGGCUACUUCUCAGGGGCCGCUGUGGAGUACCAGCCCCACGUCCUCAUGAACCACGAUAUUGUGCUUGUUGUGUUGCAGUACAGGCUGGGCAUUUUGGGAUUCUUGUCCACGGAGGAUGAGGUGAUGCCAGGAAACUUCGGGAUGAAGGACCAGGUCAUGGCCCUCCGCUGGGUGCAGGAAAACAUCCACAGCUUCGGGGGCGACGCCGACAGGGUCACCAUCUUCGGGGAGAGCGCGGGGGGCGCCUCCGUUCACCUGCACAUAAUGUCUCCUAAAUCUGCUGGGCUGUUCAAAAGAGCCAUCAUGCAGUCAGGAUCAGCAAUCUCGCCAUGGGCACUGGGCAGGCAACACCGCGAGGCUGCCCAACACGCAGGCGAGACCUUGGGCUGCUCAGACACCUCCGGCAGCGACGUCCUCCUGCGGUGCCUCCAAGCUGCAGACGCCAAGCAGCUCGUCGAGUUGUCUCAGGACUUUUUUGAGUGGUUCCUCUUCCCCGUGAGGAUGGGGCCGAGAGUGGACGGCGACUUCCUCCCCGACGACCCGGAGGCAUUGCUGCGGGAGGCCAAACACGCUCACGUCGACGUCCUCUCGGGGGUCACGGCUAACGAGGGGGCCUUCGUCAUCAACGCCUUGGAAGCCAGCGAGACCACGCUUCGAUCCUUGCGAGAAAAUUUUUCCGACAGCGGCCCCGUCAGCAUCGGUCUGGGACCCGAAGACCUCGAUCCGGUCGCCAGCAGCACGAAAGUCUUCCAGCAUUACCUGGGGGACAUCCUCAUCGACGUCGACCACUAUGAACAACUUAUGAAGCUUUUCACCGAUCGCCAUUUCUCUCUGGGUCAUGACCUGACGACCCUCUUCCACUCGCGCGUCGCCAACACGUACCGCUACUCGCUCGACCAUCGCGCGGAGCUCACGUUCAGCGAUCUUCUGAACAAGGAGAGAAAAACGCAGUGGAUCUCUCACUGUGACGACCUCUUCUACCUGUUCCGCGGCGGGCCUCUCCUGCAGCUAGGUCGAGAGGAACUUCAAGACCUCGCCAGAGAACACGACCUCGGCCUCAGGGAAGUCAUCCUGAGCGCGUGGACCAACUUCGCGGCCUCGGGGAACCCGACUCCAAAUGACACACUUGGGUUCGUAUGGGAGGCUGUCUCGGAGGACAACCUCCACUACCUGUCGCUGACGCCCACGCCUACAAUGCAGCGUGACCAGAAGAAAGAAAUGCGGCAGUUAUUCGCGUCGCUGCCCACCAGGCAAAACAAGCUCCUAUUUCUCGACCGCGAGGACCAAGAAAAGGAGAACAGGGUCGAGAAGGCGCAAGAGGAGAAGGGCCGAGAUGAUGAGGACGACCUUGGCAAGCUGGAGGCCGAGGUUGCUUUCUCCAGGCAGUUUAAUCAGGACGAGUUAUAAAUAAUCGGAGUCCCAGGGGUUCGAGGAGAUUUUAUCCUUGCCUUAUUUUUUUCAUCUCUUUACCCUCCGCUUUUGUCUCUUUCCGCUUCAUCGCUUUACUAUCUAUCUCUAUCUAUCUCUAUCUAUAUAUUACACUCUACCACGUUCCGCUCUAUCUUUUUACCUUUCAUCUUAACUCAUUUCGCUCUGUCUUUUAUCAUAUUACUUCUUAUCCUGCCUAUUUACCUUCCGUUUCAUCAUUUUCACAUUUUGCCCCUAAAAGGAAGGGAAUUAGGAAAACCAGUCAUGACAUAAGGAUGAAAUUUACUAAAUACUAAAAGAGAAUUUUUAGCAUAUCAGUUUUCGUGUAAAUAUAAGUCAUCUGUGUGGUAUAGUCAUCUGUGUUAGUCCUGAGGAUAUGUUCAAACUUUUUGUUUUCGAUAAAUAUUGUUUGAUAUAGAAGUGUUAGAGUCAAUGUUUAUGUGUCAUACAACUGAUGUUAAUAAAUGUCAUUGAUUA